AUGUCGCACGCGCCGUCGUCGGCAUCGUGGCGCGAGAACGACGCGAUCGAGCACGUGGAGGAGCGACUCGUCGGCCUCGAGCUCUACGCCAACGCCGCCGCCGGAUUCGAUGGUGUGCUGAAAGAACGCUACAGCGAUUUCAUCGUGCGGGAGAUCGACAUCGAGAGCGGUGAGGCGGUGGUUUUGAAUGAACUGAGCGCGACGUGCGAUGUAGAGAUCGACGCGCGAGAGCGGAAGAAGUUUGAGGCGAUGAAGGCGAAAAGUAUUGAGGAGGCAAUGAAAGAAUUCGAAGCGCUGUGCGGUGCAGAGGACGCGCGGCGACUGAGAGAAUUUUUAGCCACUCCCGGGGUGACGCGUCGAAGUCAGAAGACGCACGAUGGAAAGGCGGAAACGCCCCAACCGCUCGUGCUCGAGCCGACGACGGAUAAAGCGAAACGGACGCAAAUUCAUCAAUUUUUCAAGAAACACUUUUUAUUACCUACGGACAACGUCGUGGAGUCGAACGAGGAAGAGAAGGAAGCUCUCAAGAACUUGAAAAAGCCGUCUUCGAGCGUGCGCGUGCAUGCCGCCGUCAAGCAAGGCAAGAAGCGAACGCGCGUGGAGGCAAUGGAUCAUCGAGCGGUGGGAAACUUUUGGCCCGAAGGCGUUCCAGAACAUGUGCGAUUUGCGUUUUGCAAAGAAAACAAAGAGUCUUACGAGAUGCUCAACGUCAUAGCCCGGGCCUUGAAGGUGAACUUCAAGUCUAUUGGCGUCGCCGGAACGAAGGACAAGCGCGGAGUGACAACGCAACACGUCACCGUGCACAGAGUUCGGGCGAAAAGGUUGGCCAAGCUGGUACUUUAUGGGUGUAAAAUUGGUAACUAUACGUAUGUCGACAGACAACUUGGUUUCGGAGACCAUUGCGGGAACGAGUUUGAGAUAACGCUCCGAGGCAUCGACCCAGACGUCGUCGGGAACGUGGAGGAGGCAGUGCGCGCACUCAAGUCUUCAGGGACCAUCAACUACUACGGUUUGCAGAGAUUUGGUAGCGCUGGGGGCAAACACGCAACGCAUAAAAUUGGAAUUGAACUUUUACGUGGCGAAUGGCAAGCUGCGAUCGACGCUUUGCUGCUGCCGCGCGAAGGCGAGCGCGACGAUGUCAUGAAGGCGCGCUUGAAAUGGAUGGAAACAAAGGAUCCCAAUGAGACUUUGAAGUUGAUGCCACGCUGGUGCGCGGCAGAGCGCUGUGUGCUCGAGCGCAUGUCAAAAGUUCGCUCCACGGACUUGGUCGGAUCGCUGUUGGCCGUGCCGAAGCAGAUUAGACUGAUGUACAUUCACGCCUACCAGGCAUACUUGUUUAAUCGUGUCGUGUCGGAGCGCAUUCGUAAGUACGGAGUCAACACGGUCGUCGAAGGUGACUUAGUGCUCGAAGAGGGAAACUGUGCCGGAGAUGAAGGCGAAGACGAUAUGAAUGGCGAUACUCGGGUGAGUAUGCCGAGGGUUCGCGUAGUGACAGCCGAGGAAGCCGCUUUGGGUGCGAUUGACUCGUCGCUCGUGGUGCUGCCGCUUCCUGGAAACUCGAUAACGUACCCAACAAAUUUGGGUGAUGUUUACGAUCGAUUCGCCGCGGAGGAUGGAAUCAGUUUGAAUACUACGACGCAUUCGGUUCGUGAAUUCGCAAUCAACUCAUUCACCGGUGACUACCGUAGAUGCUUUCUCAAACCCACAAACGUAUCGCACACCGUCAUUUCGUACGCGGACGCGGCGGCGGAUUUGGUUUUGACCGAUCUCGAUCGCAUCAAUGGCAUCACCGAACGCACCAUCGAAGACGGCCCUUUACGUGCCGUAACGGUGAAGUUCACUCUGCCCCCGUCUUCUUACGCCACCAUGGUUCUUCGGGAGUUGAUGAAGGCGAACACCUCGGUGAGCUCGCACAAGCGCAAGACGCUCGACGCGCGAGCGGCGGCUUCCGUAGAGUAG